AUGAUUCCGGGAAAAAAAGUAGGAAAGACCGCUCUAAAGAUCAUUCUAGCGAAAAGGUACGUGGAAAGUUUUAUCACUAAAUGGAACGAUAUCGUUUUUAUUAUAAUUAAGGCACCGCUAGCAAAAAUGCAAGCUGAAAUUGACAACUACAGAAGCGCCUUAAGCUGUCUGGCGGAGCUAUUGAAAGAAAUUGAAAUGGGAGUUGAAGAACGCGAAUCUUUCUACAAGGAUAAGGUUGCAUCCUUGGAAAAUGCGCUUGAAAAAGCUAGUGCUGUGGCAGCUUCGUCUGACCGUCUUAAACGAGAGCUUAGGGAAUGUGAGCUUCUGAAAAAGGUUUGCAUGUUUUGUAGACGUUUCAGAGUGGAUGCAUGUCUGAUUGCUGCUAUUCUAAUUGCUUGCUCAAUUUACUUCACUUUACUGCAUUGUCUAGAAAUUUGUCUUGCUGACCGCUGUGUUGACCCUAAAACUAUAGUAUGUGGCGUUUUUGGAAAAUUCCGCGGGAAGGAUGUGGGAUGA